CGGUGUCCGCUGAGCUUCCGCUCGCAGAAGUUGGAGGAAAGUUUGCCUCCGGUCUUCAGACUGAAGGGUUCGGGCGGUGGAAUGAGCGGAACCGCGGUACCGGCGGACAUUUGUGGACACAUGUUGGACCUGGACGAGGACGAAGACCUGGAGGUCUUCACUAAGAACCGGCUGGUGGCUGAAGCCGGGCCAGGACCCAGAUCUCCGGACUCCAUGGUGAACCAGUUCCGACUGGAUGAAGAGGAGCAGCCAGACGCCAUGGACAGAGACAUCUUCAUCACCGUGGACAACCCAGAGAGCCAGAUCACCACCAUCGAGACCUUCAUCACGUACCGAGUGGUCACCAAGACCACACGCAGCGAGUUCGACUCCAGCGAGUAUGAGGUACGCCGGCGGUACCAGGACUUUGUGUGGCUCAGGAGCAGAUUGGAGGAGAGUCACCCGACCCUCAUCGUUCACCCUCUGCCAGAGAAGUUUGUGGUGAAGGGGAUGGUGGAGCGCUUCAGUGAUGACUUCAUCCAGACCAGGAGGAGAGCCCUGCAGCGCUUCCUGGACCGGGUCUCCCUGCACCCGCUGCUGUCCAGCAGCCAGCACCUCAGGGUCUUCCUCACCGAGCAGGAGCUGGCCCCUCACAGGAAACAGGGUCCUGGCUUCCUGAGCAGGAUGGGGGAGUCCAUGAGGGCCAUGGCUAACUCUGUGCGAGGCCUGAGGACCAAGCUGGACGAGUUCAGCGCCAUGCAGGAUUACGUGGACAUGUUCAGCCAGAAGAUCUGCUCCGUGGACAAAGUGACCCAGAGGAUCAUCAAGGAGCAGAGAGAAUACAUGGACGAGCUGAAGCAGUAUAGCCCCACCUACCUGCAGUGGGCGGAGUCAGAGGACGAGCUGGCAGACCCUCUGAAGGGCAUCAGCGGCUGCGUGGAGAGGUGCAGCAAGGAGACGGAGGAGCAGAUCCAGCAUCUGUCAGAGGUCCUGGUUCCUGCCUUGCAUGAGUACGUCCUGUGUGCCGAUACCCUGAAGGCUGUGAUGAGGCGCAGAGACAACAUCCAGGCUGAGUUGGAGGCGAAGAAUGAGGCGCUGGCGUCCAGGAGAACGGAGCAGGAAGUACUCCAGGAGGAGGUGGAUGAGCUGGCAGACCGGGUGGAGCAGGCCAACAACGCACUGCGUGGAGACUGGUCCCGCUGGAGGAGCACCAUGAGGGCUGACCUCAGGGAAGCUCUCACCUCCUCUGCUGCCAAGAACGUGGAUUACUAUGAGAAGUGUCUGGCUGUGUGGGAGUCGUUCCUCCUCUCCCAGAGAGGAGGCGCUGUGGAGCAGAGGAAUGGAGAACACGCCUCCUAAAGCGCCUCCUGACCAACAGAGACCGUCUGAAGAGCUGGACUGGAUGGAGCAGAACCGGUCCAGAACCCAAGGUUCUGUUAGCUUAAAGCGGGUCAGAACCUGAUGCCAUAUUGAUUAACACUACAGGGACCUGAUCUCCCUCUGCCCCCUGGGAUCCUCUGCCUCCUGCUAACUGUAAUAAUGAUGAUGCAAUAAUAAAGAUGGAAACUGGUCUGAC